AUGAGGGUCGAGUUCGCGGUGCCCUCGCCCUCCGACAGCUCCACGGACUACCAGCUGGACAUGCCGGCCAACUCCGCGGACGGCGCGCCGCCCCAGGCCGCGCAGCCGCCGACGUCGCAGCCGCACAAGAACCUGCGGCGCGUCAACACGUUCACGGGCGCGGCCAACGAGGAGGAGCAGCGCAAUAUCAUCUCGCUGCGGUACCGAGCCGACAGUAUGGCGGACUCGGUGGCGUCCGACACCAAGCCCAACGCGGAGACCAAGCUGUGGAACCUCUUCGAGAAGGUCUUCUGCUUCCUCAAGGGCAUGACCAUCUACCAGACGCGCCGCCGCCUCAAGUUCACGAUCGUGUCGCAAACCAUCAUCAACUCGCUGCGUAUUUUCCCCAUCAUCCUGGGGCUCAACUUCCAGGCCACGGUGCCCGUGCUCAUCCUGUACGUGACGCUGGUGCUGGGCUGGCACGGCACCAAGUUCCUCGUGCCCAACUUCCUGCUUAGCUACAAAAUCGGCAUGCAGCUCACGCUGCUCGUGGACGUCAUCUGGUACUACAAGGGCUACAACGGCAAGCUCAACAGCGUCAGCAGCGGCACGUCCGUGCUGCUGCAGGGCUUCUUCUCGAUCUUGCUGACCAUGCUCAACAUCACGGGCUUCAUGUACGGAUGGAAGCUCCGCCGCAUCGUCAAGGCCGUGCAGAACCAGCGCGAGUGCGACCGCGCAGCGCUGGCCACGACCAUGCCGUCCCCACAGCGCGCCAACUCUCUCCACCAGACGUUGUCGAUCAAUCCUUCAGCGGAGAUGGACGAGGACGAAGGUCCGUCCGCUCGACGGAAGAUUGUGGUCGGCCCGGGGGUUCCGAACAACAGGUUGCGACGCACUCAGUCGGGUGUGUCACUCCAGGUCCCCGAUGCGCUGAAGACCAAGAAGCGGCGGAUGAAGGAGGCAGAAGCACAGGGUGAAGCCCCUGUCUUCUGCUCCAACCUCAUCAUCACGAGCAAGUACACGUACUACAACUUCCUGUUCGUGUUUCUCAAGAUGCAGUUCAGCCGACUCGCGAACCUGUACACGACCAUUGUGGUGGCGCUCUGUUUCUUCGACUUCUCGCCGGUGAGCCCCGUGGCUAGUCUUACACCACUGUUGAUUGUGUUCGCGACUUCUGCGCUGAAGGAUGUGAGCGAGGACCUUCGCCGUCAGAAGGGAGAUGCAUUAGUGAAUUCCAGGCCGGCACACAUUAUCCGUCGUGACGUGCUAGACGAAGUGAUGCACAUCGAUGGAACGUGGCAGGACAUUGAGGUGGGAGACGUGUUGCUGCUGAAGGAUGGUGAUCAGGUCCCGGCCGAUUGUAUUCUGCUAGCUACAAGUCGACCUGAUGGUCGUUGUUACGUGGAAACAGCCAACUUGGAUGGCGAGACGAACCUCAAGAUCCGACAGGUGGCCAGCUGCACGAAGCACUUUCUGACUGCAGAAGAGAUUUUGGAGCAGCACAAGCUUGAGGUGGAGUGCGACGUGCCCAACAAGGAUCUCUUCUACUUUGAUGGUGUGUUGAGACUCGGAAAGAUUGCGGAUGAUGCCGUCGUGGAUGCCAACAAGGAGGAUACCGACACCAGUUUGACUAUGGACAAUUUGAUUUUGCGUGGCAGUGAGAGCCGUAACGCAGAGUGGACGCUUGGACUUGUGAUCUACACAGGAAGGGAAACGAAGGUGCAGAUGAACUCCGUCGCUGUGCCGCUGAAGCGUAGCUUCGUGGAGAAGACGUUGGAUACGAUGUUCGUGCUGGUGCUGAUGCUGCUGUUCGGUAUUUCGAUUGCUUGCACGUUGGGAAACAACAACUGGAAUUUGGAUCUGGCCGAUGAGACGACGCCGUGGUAUAUCAAGGAAGACUCCAACGGAUAUAUCUUCCUGAGUUACGUGAUUUUGUUCAACAACUUGAUCCCGCUUUCCAUGUAUGUGACGAUGGAAGGUGUGCGCUUCGUUCAUGCACGCUACAUUGAAAAUGAUUUGGAGAUGUACGACGCAAAGACGGAUACCCCCGCUCAGGUUCGCAACAGCAACAUCAAUGAAGAUCUCGGCCAGAUUCAGUACAUUUUUUCCGACAAGACGGGUACGCUGACGUGCAACGAAAUGAUAUUCGCAAAGUGCACUAUCGGAGGACUACGCUACAAUGACAUUGAGGUGGACCCCGCGAAGCCCGCGAGGCCUGGUACGCGGUUCAAUGACGGGCGCUUGAUCGCUCGUUUGAACUCAAACCAUUCGACGAAGAAAGAGAUCCACGACUUCUUGUUGCUGCUCACGAUUUGCAACACUGUCAUCCCGGAGACCACUGUCCCGACAUCACCUGCGUCCAGCAGUGAAUCCUGCUCGGUUCAGACUCCAACCAUCAAAUACAACGCGUCGUCCCCCGAUGAGGAGGCGCUGGUGCUGGCAGCUGCCGACCUCGGAUACGUGCUCGAGUCGCGUGACGGACCGAUGUGCAACACGCUCCUUCAGGGAAGACCCAUGUCGUUUGAAAUUCUGAAUGUGCUUGAGUUCAACAGUGACCGAAAGCGUAUGUCGGUGAUCGUUCGAUUUCCUGACGGGAACAUCGUGCUCUACUGCAAGGGUGCCGAUGACGUAAUUUUCGAUUUACUCUCGAAGUCCCAGCCUCAAGGUGUGGCUCACGUGACCCGUGGCCAUCUUCAGGAAUACGCCUCAGAGGGUCUUCGAACGCUGACGACCGCAAUGCGUCGCCUUACCCAGGAGGAGUACGACCAGUGGAACCACUUGUACCGCCAGGCCGAAUUGUCUAUGGAGGGACGUGCCUCGAAGAUUGCAAAGGUAUCGGCUAUUAUUGAGGUCGAAUUGACGCUGCUCGGUGCAACAGCCAUUGAAGAUCGAUUGCAAGACGGCGUGGAGGAGUCGAUAUGCGCCUUGCGGAAAGCUGGCAUUAAAUUUUGGGUGCUGACGGGUGACAAGAAGGAAACUGCUCUUAGUAUCGGCAUGUCGUCGCACGUGAUCGAUGAUAAUAUGGAUGUUAUCGUGCUGAGCCAGCGCGACAAGGGAUCGCUCCGCACAAGGCUCGAAGAGCUGUACGUUGACCUUGUGGAGGACAAAUGGGGUUCAGAUGAAACCUCGUCGGCCAUUAGUGUAUUGUGGGAGGCGUUGAAGCGGGCGAUCCUGUACCUGUGGGAUCUUGUCAAGUUGGCUCUUGUAGGACGUGAUGAAGAAGCUGAGGCCCGGAAGAAGCGUAGACGCUUGCCUCGUCGCCAACAUGCUGGGGCUGAUGCAACGCCUACCGAUAGCCCUGUUCACUACGACGUGGUGUAUCCGGCUCUACCGAACCGCGACCUAUCUGAGAACAGCUUUGAGCGUGGUUUGUGCGACCAUGAUUUCGAGCCAAAGGCGGAUACGAUGACGGGUGGCACUGGCAGUAUGAGCAGCGGCGACUAUGUCGAUGAGGAACUCGAGUUUGCCAUGGUGAUCGAUGGCAAGACACUCGCCUUGGUGCUGGAUGACGACAUUAAGUAUCUGUUCUUGGCGGUGGCAACGCAGUGCAAGUCGGUGAUUUGCUGUCGCUGCUCUCCGUCCCAAAAGGCCUCAGUGGUGAAGCUUGUUACGGAACCCACACUCAUGUUUUCACCCGGCAAUAUUACGCUAGCAAUCGGCGACGGUGCCAAUGACGUGCCCAUGAUUCAGGCUGCGAACGUGGGUGUCGGAAUCAGUGGCAAAGAGGGCCGCCAAGCUGUUCUCUCCAGCGACUACUCCAUUGCGGAGUUCCAGUAUCUGAAACGUCUACUCCUGGUUCACGGCAACUACAGCUACAAGAGAAUCUCGAAACUAAUCCUGUUUUCCUUCAUGAAGAACGUGGCGCUGUCGCUCUCGAACUUCUUCUUGGCGAUGGAGACGUUGUACAGUGGUUUGCUGAUGUACUUCAGCAUCUUCUUUACGCUUUACAAUGCGCUGUUCACGACGAUUCCGAUCGUUGUUAUCGCCAUGUACAACCAAGACGUGUCGCCUGCCGUGCUCAUGCAGUACCCGACGCUGUACGUGAACGGUCUUAAGAACCGUUCGUUCAAUUGGCUUUCCUUCUUCGGCUGGUGUGUGCUGGGCGUGUGGCAUGCGUAUGUGGUCUAUGCGGUGCCAUUCUUCACGAACGGUUCCAUCGUCUGGUACUUCUCCAGUGGCUCAACGAAUCUUCAAUUUGACAAGCGCGAUCUUGGUCUUUGGGCGGAUGGUGUGGCCUCGUACACUUAUCUGAUCACAGCGUCGACGGUGCAAGUGUCGCUGAUGACGAGCAACUGGACGCGGGCUAACGUCCUUUCGACUGUUGGCACGCUCGUGUUCUACUACCUCUUCACGGCAUUCUUUUGCUCUGUGUUUGGAUGGACCAAGACUGACUUUUACGAUACGGAGGUGGGCUACGGCGUGGCCUAUCAGCUUAUUCGCGAAGCGUGGUUCUGGCUUGGCCUCUUACUGGCGGUGGUAGUAGCCAUUCUACCUAAUUACAUUGCCAAGGCUGGACGAGUUCUGUUCUACCCGGAGCCGUCGCACCUGAUGCGUGAGUGGAAUCGUUUGGCUAAGGGUGAAGACGCCGCGGUGGUGGUUGAUUCCCCGCGCCUCGUUCGCCGCAACACGGGCUUCGCGUUUUCACACUGCCCCGGCGAGACGGAGAUGGCGCUGGGCAUCUACCGAAGCAGCAAUACGCGAGGUCAGACCCAAGCGGGGCAGAUGUCCGAUCUUUCGGACGUUGGUCUACGAGUGCAGUCGCCAUCGUCGUCUACUGCAGACGGGUCCUCGCCAUCCCCCAACUUGGGAUCCAAGGUGCUUGAGUAGUCAGUCUUGUCAUAGAAGUGUUGAACAAGACGUGUGCAAGCCGUUGCCCAGAAAGGCACCCGUAUCACGGCCAGUCUAAAGGAUUGCGUAGGGAAAGAUGCUGCUUUCUCACGAAAUAAACCGCUAAUAAACGUUGAGCGCGUGUACCAUACCACCCGUGCGUAGGGCAUUAAUUCAUAACACGAUACUGAACCACUCCCGAGGUGAGUUGCAAUCG